AAAUGAGGAAAUGUUAGUGCAAUUCCCAUAGUUGUACACCCCUUGCGGCGAAAAUUUUUGUUUGAAUAAUUGUUCAUUGUGAUUUACUCGGUUUUAGUCAUUUUUAUUUUAUUUGAAAUGGCUCCUCCAAAAGUAAAGCAACAAAAGCUUUUGAAAAGUUCUGAGGAUAAGAUUUUCUCAAAAUAUUUCACGAUUGACUUUGUAAAAUCGCUGAUUUUCGAUCCAAUAAGAUUGCCACUAGUUUCAAUUUUAAUCAUGCUUGCUGAGCUGGCUCUCAACAUAUUCAUCGUGAUAAGAAUUAAGUACACUGAGAUUGAUUGGAAUGCAUAUAUGCAAGAAUGCGAAGGAUUUUUAAAUGGAACAACAGAUUAUUCACAACUUAAAGGAGACACUGGUCCGCUAGUUUAUCCCGCUGGGUUCAUUUACAUCUACUCGAUUCUCUAUUUUAUAACAUCGAGAGGAAAGAACAUUCUCCUGGCACAAUACAUUUUUGUAUUAAUUUAUCUCAUUCAACUCUACUUGGUUUUACGACUUUAUUCAAAAACACGGAAGAUUCCACCUUAUGUGAUAGUUCUCAGUGUCUUCACAUCUUAUAGGAUUCAUUCAAUCUACUCACUACGCUUAUUUAAUGAUCCUGUUGCUAUUAUUCUUCUUUACGCAUCAUUAAAUCUUUUUAUGGAUCGACGAUGGACACUUGGCAGCAUUUUAUUUAGUUUAGGUGUUGGUGUUAAAAUGAAUAUUCUUCUUUUUGCACCAGCCAUGCUGAUGUUAUAUCUUACAAGCUUAGGAUAUAUGAAAACAUUGAUACAACUAAUAAUAUGUGGAAUGGUUCAGUUAAUUAUAGGAGCUCCUUUUCUCUUGACUUAUCCUUAUGCUUAUAUCAAAGGAUCAUUUGAUUUAGGCCGAGUAUUUGAACAUAAAUGGACAGUUAAUUAUCGUUUUCUUGGAAUCGAAAUAUUUGAAGAUUUUCGAUUUCAUUUGACUUUACUAAUUCUUCAUUUAUUUCUUCUUGCUUAUGUUGCUAAACCAUGUUAUAUAUUUUUCAAAAACUAUGCAAGACUGAGAUCACUUCAAGCACAAUUUCAACCACAAAUUGAAGCAGAAAAUCGUGAAAUCGAAAAUAAUCUUAAGAAGAAAAUGAAACGAGCAAAGACUAAGCAAUCUGAGACUGAAUCAGAACUUACUGACGAACAAAAACAUUUUAUUGAAUCAUUUGAGAAAGGAUUAAAAAGUCGUUUUGGAGAAGCUGAAACAAAAGAAGAAGACGAACCCAAGAAGAUUGAAAUUCAUUUCGAUCAGGCAGUUCAACUUGCCAUUCUACCAAUUUUCCUUAUAAAUUUUAUUGGAGUUAUUUGCUCAAGAAGUCUUCAUUAUCAAUUUUAUGUUUGGUAUUUCCAUUCAUUGCCUUAUUUGUCAUGGUUCACUGACUUUCCUAAAAGCUUUAAGAUUCUCAUAUUAUUUUUAAUAGAAUUUUGCUGGAAUCAAUAUCCAUCGACAAUUUUUUCAAGUCUCCUUUUACAUGCUUGCCAUUUAAUUCUUCUUGUUGGCGUAGUUAAAAAAAUGCGCCGUGAAACUAGAUUAGCAAAUGAAGCAACAAGCCAAAAAACAGAAUAAUUCUUUCUUUAUGAUCAUAAAUAAUCAACAAAGAUUUUCAUUUAAAAAUUAGAAUUUAAAACGUUUUGUAAUUUUUUUUAUAAAGUUUUUAAAUAAAACUUCAUGCCAUAAAAAUUGCUUAUUUUUGCUUAAAGAUUUUCAGAAAGGAAUAAAUCUAAA